AUGCCAUUCUUCGGCAUCGUGACCAAUGUGAUGAUGCUGAACAGCAUCAGCAUCCUGUCCUCAAUCUUCCAGGUGUGCACUCAGUGCAUUGCGAGGGAGAGGAAGCGAUUCAUAGUGCCCCCAAUCAUCUCCUUAGUCCUCAUACUGUCAGGCUACGUGCUCUUCAUCCUCAGUUACCUGCUGUUGAAGGAAGAUAGGGGGAUGAACGUCUGGAUCGGACUGGCAAUUGUGGGGACCAUCUUUGUCUCGCUGAACUGGUGGGAGAACUACAGCACCCUCUUCAAAAGCUCCUUCCUGAACAGUAUAUGCGAAGACAUAGCGAGAUCCAGGAAUGUGGUGAGCAUCCUCUCCAGUCUGGUCCGGAUUCUUGUCACUGCAGCCGUGGUGGGGGCAUAUGUCCCUCUGUCUGGCAGAGUCUGGUCAUCGGUGACAUCAGUUCCAGGGGAUGUGGGGUUGGUGAUCCUGAUCUUGGUGGCCAUCCAGAUAGUGUCCUCCGCUCUGUGCCAUUGGUUUGUGGUGGUGGCUUGCAAAAUGCACUCCAUGCGGCGAAGCUUCCUGUUACCCAUGUGCCUGGCCUCGUUAGGUGUUCUGGCAGCGUUCGUCGCUCCUGUCAUUAUCUUCUUCCAGAAUUCAAGUGACCCCAGAGGUGCUAACUACACCAUCACAGAGUACUGCAAUGAUAUCACAUAUGGCAGGGGCCUAAGCGGCGAUACUGUCUGGUUUGAGAGGCUAGUCAGGGACAUCACCCAUACCCUCUGUCCCCAGGACAUGACCGACCUAACAGAAAUGGGCCUCUUGGGAGGCUCUGCACUCUGCUGGUGGUUGGGUUGGAUGCUGUGUACUAUGUACAUCUGGUUCCUCCAGCUUCAGCGCAUCGAGAGGACACAGAAUCUGUUUGUGCGGAGUAUGUACGAGGGGGCCUUUCUGGAACAAUCCAUACUGCUCAACACGCGUUUUGAGAUUCAGAGGAAGAAAAAAUUGCUGGACAAAUACAGGCCAAGGAAUAACUCCAACAAUGAUGUGAGCUUCGAGUCUCACAUUUACUUUGAUGAUGCUUUUAAAGACGUGAAUGGUAGUAAAGAACGGCAUGUGAACGAAUACGCAGAGAACCUGGUGGAGGUUAUCCGAGAGGUUUACAAUAUCUUCAAUGAGGAGGAUUCAUGCAUCUUCAGAGAGAGCCCACCCCUUCCAUGCCAGAGGAUCCUGCGCACCCCUUACGGAGGUCGACUGGAGUACACCCUCCCUAAUGGCAACCUGCUGAUGGUGCACUUUAAGGACAAGCUACUGAUCCGCCACAAGAAGAGAUGGUCGCAGAUUAUGUACUUGUACUACAUUCUCGGCUGGCGACUCACCAGGAAGUAUUUCAAGAAGUUUGAGCAGGGUGAAGAUGAGAGCGAGCUAAGGGAAAAGAUGAUGAAGGACAAUACCUAUCUACUGGCUUUGGAUGGAGACACCGACUUCCAGCCCUCUGCUGUAAUGCUCCUAAUAGAUCGACUGAACCUUUAUCCACGUGUGGGUGCGGCAUGUGGGAGGAUUCACCCAACAGGCACAGGUCCUAUGGUAUGGUAUCAGAAGUUUGAGUACGCGGUGGGCCACUGGCUUCAGAAGACUGCAGAGCACGUGUUUGGUAGCGUGCUCUGCAGCCCCGGCUGCUUCAGUUUGUUCAGGGGCGCAGCCCUCAUGGACGACAACGUCAUGAAGAGAUACACUACUAAGGCCACGGAGGCUUGCCACUACGUACAGUAUGAUCAAGGUGAAGACCGCUGGCUGUGCACUCUCCUGUUGCAGCAGGGCUGGAGGGUGGAGUACAACGCUGCGUCCGACGCCUACACCAACGCCCCCCAGGACUUCAAGGAGUUCUAUAACCAGCGGCGGCGCUGGGGGCCCUCCACCAUGGCCAACACCAUCGAUCUGCUUGGCUCAGGGUCUCUGACCUCCCAGAGGAACAGCUCCAUCUCCAAACCCUUCAUCCUCUACCAGAUUCUCAGCAUGGCCGCCUCCAUCCUAGGCCCGGCUACAAUCUGCCUAAUGAUCUCAGGAAGCUAGUCAAAAAGCCUAGACAUCGAUCCCAACGUUGCUUUGGUCCUUGCAACAGUGCCCCCUGUGGUGUACCUGUUGCUCUGCUUCAAGCUGAAAUCGGACACACAGAUCACCAUAGCAGCCGUCAUGAGUGUCUUGUACGCUUUCCUCAUGAUAGGAACGGCAUUGUCCAUCGUAGGUGCUAUGGUUGAGCAGCAAACCAUUUGGACUCCUAGCGGCCUGUUUAUCAUAGGCCUGGUGCUGAUGAACAUCAUCACAGCAGCGCUCCACCCCAAGGAGUUCCAUCUGGUCGUCUACGGCCUCCUCUACUUCAUCCUUAUCCCCAGUGGCUACCUCCUGCUGACCAUCUACUCCAUGGUCAACAUGAACAACGUGUCCUGGGGCACUCGGGAGACAGGUGUCCAAGUCGCUGCGCCACCAACCAAGGCCAUCACACAGCGCAUCCUACAGGCCAAGUGCUGCAAGUUUCUCUGCUGGAACAGUGGCAAAGUGGCAGACCAGAAUAGUCAGGCGCCAGAAACUGUUGUGUUGGCUAAUGAGCCAAAGGAAGAGGAGGACUUUUGGAGAGAGCUCCAGAAGCUCUAUUUGGAACCUCUGGCUGAGGAUAAAGAAAAACAGAAGAAAAUCACAAAUGACCUAAAGGAACUGAGAAACAAGGCGACUUUUCUCUUUUUCAUCUGCAAUGCCAUGUGGCUGGUGGCAACGUUCACUCUUCAGGCCAUUGGAACCUCACUCACCAUCAGAAUCCCAAAAUCCAAUCUCAAUCUGACUCAGACUAGGGAGUAUCUAUUUAUCGAUCCAGUAGGACUGAUGUUCCUUUUGGGAUUUGCAUCCUUACUGCUGAUUCAGUUCUUUGCCAUGUUCUACCACAGAAUUUACACUCUGAUCCAUUUUGUGGCAUUUGUGAACACGGAGUCCAAGACUAAGAGAAGACAAUCAGACGAUGACAUGCAGAUUCCCGACAUGCUGGAGAUAGAGCUCAAAGACGACAAAUACUUUGACACAUUUCUGUCUAUAGAGAAUCCAGCAGCAAUCCAGCAACAUAGCUAA